AUGUCGUACCAAGGUUACGGCGCCCCUGGCUACGGUGGCCCGGGCUACGGCCAACCACCUCCUCAGGGCUACGGACAGCAGUACCCCCCGCCUCACGGCCAGCCUCCUCCGCCGCACGGCGGCUACCCUCCGCAACACGGCCAGUAUCCGCCCCAGCACCAGCAAUAUCCUCCCCAGCACGGCGGCUACAAUCAACCACCGCCCGGCCAAUAUCCCCCUCCUCACCAGCCGGGCUACGGGCAGCCUCCCCCUCCUCAGCACUAUGGCCAGCCGCCUCCUGGCCCGCACGGCGGCCACCCAGCGCCGGCGUACGGUGCGCCUCCACCAGGCCAAUAUGGCGCGCCUCCCGCAGGGCCUCCGACGCCAGCCUCGCUCGGCUACGGGCCUCCUCAGCACAUCAAUUGGGAUGCUUCGGGCGACGCGCAGGCCCUCCGCAAUGCCAUGAAGGGCUUCGGUACCGACGAAAAGGCCCUGAUCCACGUCCUCUCCAACAAGGAUCCUCUGCAGGCCGAUGCCAUCCGCGAAGCAUUUUCCCGAAACCUGCGACGCAACCUGAUUGACGACAUCAAGUCGGAAACGAGCGGAUACUUUGAGCGCGGCCUGGUGCAGCUGGCCCGCGGUCCUCUCCUCGCCGACGUGUACGAGCUGUUUGACUCCAUGUCAGGCCCCGGCACCAAGGAGCUCGUGCUCAACGAUGUCCUCCUGUCGCGCUCCAAUGCCGAUCUGAAUGCCAUCAAGCAGGCAUACUACAAGACCUUUCACCGCCGCCUCGAGGACACGGUCAAGGGCGAUCUCAGCAUGAAGACGGAGCGCCACUUCAUGAUGGUCCUGGCGGCCAACCGUGCCGAGGACUCGGCGCCGGUUAUCCCUCAGCAGGUUGACGCCGACGUCAUGGAGUUGUACAAGGCCACCGAGGGCAAGACGGGCACCGAUGAGAUUCUCGUCUGCAGCAUCUUUACUAGCAGAAACGACAACCAGCUGCGCGCCAUUGCCCACGCCUACAAGCAGCGUUUCAACAAGGAUCUCGAAUCCGUCGUGAAAUCGCAGGAAUUUUCCGGACACAUGAAAGACGCUCUCCUCUUCCAGCUCCGCCACGCCGUCGACAAAUACAUGCAUGCCGCCCAGCUCUUCGAGGACGCCAUGGCGGGCAUGGGCACCAAGGAUCAGCUGCUUGUCGCUCGCGUCGUCCGAUACCACUGGGACCGCAACGUGCUGGCCAAUAUCAAAGGUGCCUAUCAACAGCGCUUCCGCCGUAGCCUGGUCAGUCGCAUCAAGAGCGAGACAUCGGGCGAUUACGGCCGUCUCAUGGUUGCUUGCAUCGGCGAGUAA